GACAACGAUUUGUCGAUGGAGUCGCAUGGUUCGGUUGUUACACAUCUACUAUCGCAGGUGAAAAUCGGCAUGGACCUAACAAAAGUCGUCCUGCCGACGUUCAUCCUCGAGCGCCGUUCACUGCUCGAGAUGUAUGCCGACUACUUUGCACAUCCGGAUCUGUUCUUGCGAAUAGCGGAUCUCAAGGAGCCGCGAGAGCGCAUGAUUCAGGUCGUACGGUGGUAUUUGAGCGCGUAUCAUGCCGGUCGCAAAAGUUCUGUCGCGAAGAAACCGUAUAAUCCGAUCCUUGGUGAAAUUUUCCAGUGCCACUGGGACAUUCCGGAGAUGCUAUCGAAUGUGGAGGUUGAAGAUGGACCCGUGCCGUGGUGUCGCAGGGAUCAAUUAACAUUUAUAGCUGAGCAGGUCUCACACCAUCCCCCAAUAUCAGCAUUCUAUGCCGAGCAUCACAACAAGAAGAUCAGCUUCGCAGCCCACGUCUGGACGAAGUCAAAAUUUUUAGGGCUUUCGAUAGGUGUGCACAACAUCGGGCAGGGUACGGUUACGCUUUGUGAUCUCAACGAAGAAUACAUCGUGACCUUCCCUAACGGAUACGGAAGAUCCAUCCUAACAAUACCAUGGAUCGAGUUGGGCGGCACGAUAACCAUCACCUGCCCGCAGACGGGCUACCGUGCAGACAUCGACUUCAUCACAAAACCAUUCUACGGUGGUAAAAAGAAUAGAAUACAGGGCGAGAUCUACUCACCGAACGAUAAGAAAUCGUUUGUCAGUAUCAGCGGCGAAUGGAGUGGCCUAAUGGAGUACAAAUUCAACGACGGUAGCAAACCUUCCAAGUUCGAAACGUUCGUCGACGUGAACAGCAUACCGAUUUUCAAGAAGAAGGUGCGUCCGGUCGCGGAACAGGACGAGCACGAAUCGCGCAAGGUAUGGCGCGAGGUUACAGCUGGUCUAAAGUAA